ACGAAGGAGGGGAGACGGAGAAGGGGACAGCAGAGACGCGCAGUGAAAGAAUGAACUGCUCGAGGUCAGGCUCGGAUGCAUCCAACCAGGGCAGGCUGUAGGUGGCUGAAAUGGCCAUGCCCCGGGGGCGUUUGAGUCCCUCUCUCCAGCUCCUCCUGUUCCUCCUCCUGUUGCUCAGUGCCACGCCGCACUGCCAUGGCCGUCCAUUCUUUGGCCCACCUACAGUUAAUGUGGCAGUUGUAUUCAGCGGCUCUACUCACCAGGGUGAAAUAAAGGGUCGUUUGAGCCGGGAGAACUUCCUGGAUCUGCCUUUGGAUGUCAAUCCCAUCACCGUGCUAGUGAACGAUACCAACCCUAGUGCACUGUUAACACGCCUCUGUCAGACUAUGGCCACUGAGAGCCUUCAUGGUGUGGUUUUCGAGGACGAUGUUGAUUCAGAGGCUGUGGCUCAGAUCCUAGACUUCAUCUCUUCACAGACUUCUAUUCCUAUAGUAGGCAUCAACGGAGGCUCUGCCCUGGUCAUUCCUCACAAGGCUGAUGGUUCUACCUUCCUCCAGAUGGGUGCGUCCAUUGAGCAGCAGAUCAACGUUAUGUUCAAAGUGCUGGAGGAAUACAACUGGAGCAGCUUUGUUGUGAUUACCAGCCUGUAUCCAGGUUAUGAAGACUUUGUGGACUACAUUCGCUCUUUCACAGACACCAGCUACUUCCUAUGGGAGCUACAGGAGGUGCUAAGCUUUGAGAUGUCAGUGGGUGCCAAUGACAUCCGUUCACGCAGACUGCUUCAGCAGGUGGAUGCUCAGGUGUAUCUAGUGUACUGUUCACACGAGGAGGCUCAGUAUCUGUUCAGCAUGGCAUCUGAUGUUGGGCUCUUGGGGCCUGGCUAUGUUUGGGUCAUUCCCAGCCUGGCGGUUGGAAACCCAGAGGCCACACCACCUGACAGCUUCCCUAUUGGAGUCAUCAGCAUCAUUUCAGACCGCUGGAGGAAAACACUGCGUCAGAGGGUGCGGGAAGGUGUGGCCGUGGUGGUGAAAGGGGUGUACGGUUACCACAAGCACAGAGGAUAUGUUCCUGAGGGGCAUAAUAACUGCAACAGUUCAUCAAAAUCCAAUGGCAGUAAUUCAGUUUUUAGACAUAUGCUGAAUGUGACAUGGGACCACAGAGACCUCUCCUUCAAUUACGAUGGCUAUCUCACAAACCCCUCCAUGGUGAUCAUUGCUUUGGAUCGGGAAAGACACUGGGACAAGGUGGGGACCUAUGAAGGGGGGAUUCUGCACAUGCGCUAUCCGGUGUGGCCACGCUACAGUAGUUAUCUGGAGCCUGUGUCUGAUAAUCGUCACCUGACCGUGGCCACAUUGGAGGAGCGGCCCUUCGUCAUUGUGGAGAGCGUGGACCCUGCCACAGGCACGUGUGUGAGAAACACUGUGCCCUGCCGCCGCCAAGCCAACAGGACAGAAGUCAUGUUCGGACACUCAGAGCCUUACACCAAGCUGUGCUGCAAAGGCUUCUGCAUUGAUAUCCUGAAGAAACUCUCACGCACCAUCAAGUUCUCCUACGACCUCUACCUGGUCACCAAUGGUAAACAUGGAAAGCUGGUCCGAGGCAUCUGGAAUGGGAUGAUUGGAGAGGUCGUCUACAAGCGUGCAGAUAUGGCCAUUGGCUCACUCACUAUUAAUGAAGAGCGAUCGGAGAUCAUUGACUUUUCAGUGCCAUUCGUGGAGACUGGGAUUAGUGUCAUGGUGGCCAGGAGCAAUGGCACUGUCUCCCCGUCUGCCUUUCUAGAGCCUUACAGUCCAGCAGUGUGGGUCAUGAUGUUUGUGAUGUGCCUGACUGUUGUGGCCGUCACAGUGUUUGUCUUUGAGUACUUCAGCCCUGUCGGGUACAACCGCAGCCUCGUCAGUGCGAAAGCCCCUGGGGGACCCACCUUCACUAUAGGGAAGUCAGUGUGGCUCCUGUGGGGGAUUGUCUUCAAUAACUCUGUACCUAUAGAAAAUCCUAAAGGCACCACCAGCAAGAUUAUGGUCUUGGUGUGGGCCUUCUUUGCUGUCAUCUUCUUAGCCAGCUAUACUGCCAAUUUAGCUGCCUUCAUGAUCCAAGAGCAGUAUAUUGACACAGUCUCUGGACUUAGUGACAAAAAGUUCCAAAAGCCCCAGGAGCAUUACCCGCCUUUUCGCUUCGGCACAGUCCCAAACGGCAGCACUGAGAGGAACAUUCGCAGCAAUUACCCUGACAUGCACACCCACAUGAUGAAAUACAACCAGAAAGGAGUGGAGGAGGCACUUAACAGCCUCAAAACAGGGAAACUGGAUGCCUUCAUAUAUGAUGCUGCAGUGCUUAAUUACAUGGCUGGCAAGGACGAGGGCUGCAAGCUGGUGACCAUUGGCAGUGGGAAGGUGUUUGCAACUACAGGCUACGGCAUAGCUCUACAGAAGGACUCCCGCUGGAAGCGCCCCAUAGACCUGGCUCUUCUCCAGUUCCUGGGAGACGGGGACACACAGAGACUGGAGACCGUGUGGCUGUCUGGUAUAUGCCAGAAUGAGAAGAAUGAGGUGAUGAGUUCCAAGUUGGACAUAGACAACAUGGCAGGCGUCUUCUACAUGUUGCUGGUGGCGAUGGGCCUAAGUCUGCUUGUCUUUGCCUGGGAACAUCUGCUUUACUGGAAAUUCAGACAUUAUGUACACAAAUCUGAGCGCUUGGACUUCCUCUUGGCCAUAAGCAGGGGCAUAUACAGCUGCUUUAAUGGUGUUGAGGAUGUAGGAAGAUCGGGCAACAUGCAGAACCCUGAUAUUACUACCAACUAUGCCCAGGCCAACAUGCUGAAAAUGCUUCAGACUGCCAAAGACAUUGUUUCCUCAGCAAAGGUAGAAAGCUCUCUGGACAAUGCCACAAAAACCAUUGAGAACUGGAGUCGGCAAGGGGGAAGUCUGCCAGCGCGCAUACCGCAAGUGACCACCACUGAGACGGUGCCUGGUCACCUCUCCUACAUUACUAACAUCACAGAAAACCACUCAUCCCAUGUGCCGCGCUCCUUAACACCCCCGUUCACACAGCAUUACACCGACGCUGCCAGCCCACCCCAUGUACCCAAUAACAGACUGUUAACACGGCCCACUCCACUACGCUACACCCUCCCUUCCCGGUCUGGUGGCCUGUAUAAUGGGAUGCUUCCAGUGUCUAGUAUCAGCACUCCUCAUUUAGCCAUGCAUGACCCCCAUUCUCAAAAGUCAGCAUCCCCAUUUGUACCAUAUAGAGAUCUACAGAUGCCAGAUAUCUAUGCUGAGCAUCAAGAACCUUGCCGCACCUCUGAAGGCCUUAGAAGGAAAAAGAGGUCCCGUAGUGCACUGGUAGAGUCCAUGGAUCUUAGAGGGUUACAUGAUUACAAAGACCAGACAAUUUGUCUUGCAGAACUCAGAGCAAGCCACUUUGCACAUGACAAUAUUCCCACUUCAUCUGUGGAAAGCCCUUAUAGACCAGAAGAUCCUACCUGCAAUUCUUGCAUUAAAACCUAUGUGGAUCCAGUGCUGGAUGAUGUGCCUCUAAUAGGGAAGAGGAAGCUCCAUCGCAGGCCGUCAUUCCUCAAAGCUACCUGGGGCCCUGACAGGGUUCAGUUUCCAGGUGACAGGCCCCUUCCCCCAGCAUCAUCCCGACCUGACAUACCAGACCUGUUCCCUUGCGUGGAAGUAUGUGGAAGAGUAAGGAAUAACCUGUGUUACCCCUUGCCUGUGGACCACAGUUACCUUCACCCAUUCCGCCGUCAUCCAAGAAAGGGUCAGAAGCUGAGGCACACCCAGUCAACCAGGCUGCCCUCUUACAGAGAGGCGGUUCUUCACAAUGCCGCAGCUGUGAGGAGGGCCACCAGCCUAGUGCACAGACAAUACUCCUACCCUGACCUGCCAGUUUACCAGAGUACACUGCCAUAUGGACCAGCUGAGCUGUGUAACAUCUUCCCCUGCAUGGCACCCCCCAGUGACAGUGUAUAUGGGGCGUACAGAGCUCCUGGACAUCUACAGGAUGACCAUCUGCUGCCUGUUCCAGCCAGCAGGGUGGUUCACAGGGUCAGCAGCCCAGGUGUACCUCUGACAUGGGGCAGGAUCUCCAGCCUGGAGUCCGAGGUUUGAGCCCUCGCUAUCGUGUGCCGUUUCCACACAGCUGUCUGCAGUGCCAAGCUCUAUCGUUGAACUCCUAGCAACCAGUUUAAAGAC